AUGGAAGAAAGCACAACAUCGACUGCAAAUUUGCAUGCUACUGAUACACCAGAACCAACAGUUCUCGAAACUACAGAAUAUUCUGAUAAAGUAGAGAAGAAAUCUAAACUGGUGCCGAUCUUUUUAUCUUGCACAUUCUGCGGUAUUGUGAUACUAAUCGGUGUUGUUGUUGUCUGUCGCACCAUUUCCGUACAGUCAGCUUCACCGUGUGGUACAAAUUUUAUUUCAACACCAAUCAAUCCAAUUGAAUACAACUAUCGUCCACGAUCGGUUGCCGUUGGUGAUUUCAAUCGGGACGGCAUUUUAGAUCUAGCUGUCGCUAAUUCAGCUGUUGACAAUAUCGUCAUAUUUCUUCGGUAUGUGAAUGAUACUAUUGAGAACAAGUCGAUGACCUUUGCAUUGAAUGCUGGUUCAUCUCCGUAUAUGCUUGCUGUCAAGGAUCUCAAUGAUGACAAUCGACUAGACAUUGCUGUCGCAAAUUACGGUACACAUACCAUAGAUAUCCUCGUUGGUCUAGAAAAUCAAUCGUUUGCGAAAUUUACCACGCUUUCAACGGGUACGGCACGUCCAAUUGCGAUUUUGAUAGACGAUUUGAAUGGUGAUCAAAUAAUGGAUCUUGUUGCGGCUAAUUAUGGCACUGAUAGUAUCGGUAUUUACUUUGGCUCCGGUAAUGCGAGAUUUUCGUCUUCUGUUACAUACUGGUUAGGCUACGAUGCUUCUCCGAUGGCGAUCGCUGCCGGGGACUUUAAUAACGAUACACAAUUGGACUUAGCUAUUGCGAAUUAUGGUACUAAUAGUAUCGAUAUACUGUUUGGAAGUACGAAUGGUGUUUUAAAAGACAAAAUGACAAUUUCAACUGGACGUAAUUCUCAACCCACUUCGAUCGCUGUUGGCAAUUUGAAUAGUGAUUAUUGGCUAGAUAUUGUCGUUGUUAAUUACGGUACUAACAGUAUAGGCAUACUCCUUAAUAAUGCAUUUGGAUCUUUCGAUAAGCAGAACACAUAUGCAUUGAACACAAUGAUACCGUACGCAGUUGCACUCGGGGAUCUAAACAAUGAUCAUGCUAUAGAUAUGAUCCUUUCCACCAAGGGUACUGAUAAUUUUGGUGUUCUGUUAGGUUAUAAUAACGGUAGUUUUUCCGAUCCCAAAAUAUAUUUGACUGGUUCAUUAUUUUCAAUAGCGCUUGCUACCGGUGAUUUUAACAAUGAUAAUCGAUUGGAUGUAACAAUUGUGGAAAAUGAUCUCAAUAGUAUCAAUAUUUUCUUUGGUUACUAUGAAGGUUUUCCAGUGCAACAGAAGUAUCCAGCUGGUGUUUCCACUUAUUCAGUGGGUGUGGGCGACUUUGAUAACGAUAAUCAUCUCGACAUUGUAACUAGCGAUCAAUACGAUGGAACUGUGCGCGUCUUUUUAGGUCAAAACGAUGGAAAUUUCACACCGAAAAUCACGUACUUAUCUGAAUACUAUUUAUUUUCUUUGGCUAUUGGUGAUUUUAACAGCGAUAGGCGACUAGAUAUUGUCGUGACUGAUCCAUUAAAACAGCAAGUGUUGAUACUUUUCGGACAAGGUGACGGCUAUUUUAGUAUACCACAGAACUUAUCGGUUGGCAACGAUCCGUUUUAUGUUAUCGUUAAUGAUAUAAAUAACGAUACUCACGUGGAUAUUAUUACUGCAAAUUCCGGCAGCAAUGAUAUAUCUGUUGUGUACGGAUCGGGUGACGGUUCUUUUCGCAAUGAAACGAAGUAUUCAACAGGACCUAAUCCACGAUCGGUAGCUGUCGCUGAUUUUAAUAACGACACUUAUUUAGAUUUAGUUGUUGUCAAUGGUGACAAUGGAAGUGUGAGCGUUCUUCUUGCGUAUGGCAAUCAUAGUUUUGCUGAAGAGAUCCGUUACUCAGUCGGCUCUGAUCCAUAUACUGUCGUUGUUGGUGACCUCAAUAACGAUUUGCGACCAGACAUCGUCGUCUGUAAUGCAGGCAGUAACGAUAUAAGUGUCCUGCUUGCGAAUGGGAAUGGCUCUUUUCGUAUCCAAACAAACUAUCCCACUGAUAGUAGUCCCCGAUUUUUAAUCCUUGCUGAUGUUAAUAACGACGCUCAAAAGGAUAUUAUCGUUGCUAAUACAAACGAUAAUACGAUAAGUGUGUAUCUUUGA